AUUUUACCACUGACAACUUCCCCUGAAGAAGCUGCAGGCCCUUUCGACCGACCGCAAGAUAACUGACCCAUUUCAAUGGUUUGUUCCCAUUUGAGACACCAGUAUUUUUUAAUGACUAAUAUUUUCUGAAUAUGAUAUGUGGGUGGAUCAGGUGAUAGAUGAACAAAUUAUUUGUGCUUUUGGCGUCUCUUCAGUAAACUCCCAUUGUUUCAUCAGCAAUAAAAUGUUACCACUGCAGCAAUGGCAAUUGGAAAAGCUCCCUGUUUUUCCUUCCUAGUGAAUGUGAGAAGAAAACAGCUGCCAGCUUCAAUCACACACAAAAAGUUUUAAUAUAAGGUCACAGAAAAUCCAAACGCUUUAUGGCCCACUAUAAAUCAGCUCUUUGUCUUUCCCCACUAAUUCCCUGGUGUCACAUUUAACAAAACAAGGAAAGCACAGAUAGUACAGGUGUUUGCAGAUUAGCCUCCCAAGCCAUAAAUAACAUGAGGUUUUGCUCACUCACAAAUAUUAAGGCAGCUUAUCAAUGUUUAAGCCCCUUCCUCUUUGUAUAAUGAUUGCCAGCAUUUUAACCCAGACAAACUGAGAAUUUUUUCUUUCCUGUCUUCUUGCAUUGACUGAGUACACAUUCAUAAGAUUCUGUGAUCAGAUUUGGUGAUAUAAAGAGCAAGACAUCUACCUGAGAGUCCUGUUUGGGAAGAUGCAUCUGCUCUGUGCUUUCCUGGCUGUGCUCUCUCUUUGUGAGGGUUCCAGUCUUCACUGUCCUGGAAGAUGCAGCUGUGACUCUAUGCAGUCAGUGCAAUGCUACAGACUGACGGAGGUGCCCUCAGCCAUUCCUCCCAGCACCAAGAGGCUCUACAUUAGUCACAGCAAGAUUCAGCACCUCCAGCUUUCGAACUUCACUGAGAUGCUGGCUAUUGAAGACUUUAUUUUGCUGGCCAGUGGAACAGAGUCAGUAGAAAAUGGAACCUUCAAAAUUCUGAAUACACUGAAGAGCUUAGAACUCUGGAAAAACAAGUUACGACGGGUCCCCAGUGCUCUCCCAGCCACACUUGAAGUGUUAAAACUAAAUGAUAAUUCCAUAAAUGUCCUACAUGCGUCAGAUUUUGAAGGGCUAAAGAAAUUGAGAAUACUUGAACUAAAAAACAACCUGCUCUCCUCCCUCUCCCCCAGCACGCUGGCCUCCCUGGUCAGUUUGCAGAGCUUGAUGGUGGACAGCAACCAUGUGCAGUCUGUGGCCGGACCCUUGCCAUUGCCCCACCUGAGACAACUAAGCCUGGAAAACAAUCAACUGCAAAUCAUCCCAGGCAGCUUUUUCACAUCCCUGCAGAGGCUGCAGUAUCUCAGUUUCAGUGGUAAUUUCCUUGCUAGAAUUCCUGUUAACCUACCCAAUUCUUUGCGAUCGUUGAAGAUGGAGAGAAACCAGCUCAAAGUAGUGAGGUUUCAGGAUUUGAAACAUUUAGGGAACCUUUUUCACCUUUACCUCUCAGAAAACUCACUCUCUUCCAUCAAUGGGGCACAGUUCCUUGCUAAUUUAACUACUCUUGAGUUGUACCAAAACCAGCUUCAAAUGUUGCCCCUCGGACUGCCAGCAAGGCUACAAAAACUUGAUUGCAGCAAUAAUUUGAUUCAGCAAGUCAGAGAGCAAGACUUCCAGGACCUGCGAGACCUAAAACACUUGUUUUUGGACAACAACAUUGUCAGUGUGUUUGAAUCUGGAGCGCUUCAGAGAUGCUCCCGGCUCUCCAGCCUGGCCCUGGAGCAGAACCUGCUGCAGUCCAUUCCUCUGAGGCUCCCGGGGACCUUAGCCAGGCUGGACUUAAAAGGCAAUGCCAUCCAGGAUAUUGCUGAGCCGGAGCUCAGGGAUCUCAAGCACCUUCAAGUACUAAACCUGAGAAACAAUAAGCUCUCUGCCCUAGACCACAAAGCACUGGAGAGUCUGCCUCGCCUCAGGCACCUGUACCUGGAUGGAAAUCCUUGGAAUUGCACCUGCAGUCUCCUAAGAGCCAGGGAGGUCCUGAAGGCCAAGGGCACAGAUGUGAGGGGAGGACAGUGCGUGGCCCCAGCUGAACGGCAAGGGGAGAGCUGGAUGUCAUCUGUCAGAAUCAUGAAGGAAUGUGAGUCUCACUUACACCUGGCAGAGAAAAGCCAAGGCAGCAGAGAGGAACCGAAAGCUGAAGACCCCUCCAGCAUCGCAAUCAACAUGGAUGACGAUGAUGAAGAUUAUGAAAUAGAUUAAACAUGAGCUCUGUCUACUGUUAGAAAGCAUGUUCUA